UGGGCUCCUCGGGGCAGUCGUUGCCUCAUCGCCGGGUCCAGGAGGCACGGGGCUGCUCGCACAGCUGGGAGCCUUUGAGAGGCUAAAGCAGCAUGGAGAGCGGACAGAGAGUGCCCCGAAAAGGCCGGAAGCUGGGCUCCAGCCGCUGGCGGCAGACUCCAGAGCUGGCUGAUGGCCAGGAUGCCCCCGUGACCCCAGAGCCGGAGUCCUGGUCCUCCCAGGCAGCUGCAGAGCUGCAGAGGUUCUUCCAGGACUGUGGCGCCAAGGAGAGGGGCUUUGUCACCCGCGAGGACCUGGCGGUAGCCAAGUUCAGCUUCCUGGGCGGCGAGGAGGAGCCGGGGAUGAUCUUCGACUGGGUGGACGUGGAGCGGAAGGGACGCCUCUCCCUCGAAGAAUUCAGCUCUGGGCUCAAGAACAUCUUUGGCUCCAGCCCGAGAACCCACAGGCUCCGCAGAAGGAGGCCACCGCCCUCCAAGCAAGGAUCCUUGGCCACCAGCCUCCCAGGGCUGGAGGAGGCCAACGCAGAGGAGAAAGAGGCGUUCUUCGCCUUCAUGAAGCAGCUGGAGGCCGGCCACUUACUUCCCGAGCAGGCGGAGAUCUGGCAGCUGUGGGGGAAGCUGCGGCAGGAGGAGCCCCAGCUGGCGGGCAACCUGGAGGCCUUUCUGGCCAAGAUGACCAGCCGCCUGCAGGAGGCCCGGGCCGACAAGGAGGCUCUGGAGCUGAGCCUGAGGAAGCGGGACUCUGAGCACCACCGCGAGGUCCAGCAGCUCUACGAGGAGAUGGAGCAGCAGAUCCGCCGGGAGAAGCAGCAGCUGCAGGCUGAGAGCAACUCCCGGGACCUGGCCCUCAGCUCCCAGAUGCAGGAGCUCCUGGAGGCCAAGGAGCAUGAGGUACAGCAGCUGACUGAGGGCCAGAGGGAGCUGGAGGCCCAGCUCCACCGCCUCAGUGGCUCACACCAGGAGGCCAGCGCCGAGAACCAGCAGCUUCGGGAGGCCGAGCGUGACCUGGCUGGGCAGCUGGAGGAGGUGCGGGGGCAGCUGCAGGUGACCAGAGGGCACCUGAACGCCGCCAGGAGCCGCGUAUCCUGGCAGAUGGAGGAGGAAGCGAGUGUCCCCGGAGCAGGUGAAGAGAAGGCUCCAGACCCUCAGGCAGUCUCCUCUGAGGAGGCUCCCCUGCCAGAACUGUUUGGGGACAAUGAUGACUGGGACCUUCUCCUGAGCAACUUCAGUAGCCCCCAGCAGAAAUUUCUGCAGCUCUCCUGGAGCCCGCCCCAGACCCCAAGGUCCCCUUCAGACCCCCCGACACCCCGAGUGAUCAGGCAGAUCUCCAUCUCAGAACCACAUGCUGGGCUGUUUGAACAGAACCCAUCUUCAGAUCCGGAUGGGGCUCCAAGGAGCCCCCCUGGGGUGCCUUCCAGGGCCGAGGAAGGCAAAGACGUGGACCCGGAUGGGCAGGACAUCCGUUCAGAGCGGCCUGUCGAGCCUCACAGCCUGGAACCUAAGGAGGAAGCAGCACCCGGCCCCGAGGACCACUUCUCCUGGGGUCUGCCGGAGACCCCAACUGGGGAGUCCGGGGCCGUGGGGGCAGCCGCACUCAAAGUGCUCGUUCCUUUGGAGGAUGGACCCCCUCCCCAUGUGAACUCUCCCCCUGCCCAGGCUCCAGCUGGGCCCAGCGAACAGUUCCAGGCCUCAAACCCAGAUGACGAAGGCCCCGGGCCUGGGCCUGUCCCAGCCACGCCGCCCAGGCAGAGAGAGGCCCUCUGUCAGGACCCGUACACUGCUGGCCCUGAGCCAGGCGGGGGGUCCCUGCGAGCCGGACCCCUCACACCGGGGCUGGCUGAGCCCUCCCAGGGUCUGGAGCCUGUGGGCCAGGCUCCCACAGAGGAACUGGAGCAGGGCAAGCCGGGCCACGUGCAGGAGGGCUGUCUUGGGGGGCUCAGAGAAGCUCACGGCCAGGCCCUCGGGCCAGACGGGCUGCCUGCCCUCCCUCGCCAGAGUCUGGAAGAGGAGUCCGGGGCUGAGGAAAGGAAAGAAGCAGACCAAGGAGGGCAGGAUGGCAGUUCAGAGCAGCCAGUUGAGGCUCACAGCCUGAAAACUGGGCGUUCAGAACUCCCCCAGCAAGGUUCUCCGCCUGGUCCUCUCCGGUAUGACACACCACAGGCUCAGGCUCCUGGAAAACCGUCACCCCCAGGGGGCUCUCCCUCCAUGGGGGUUCAGCCUGGGGAUGCAGCAGGGCCCCGGGAGCCCACACACACCCUCCCCACCACGGCUGAGCUGGAAGCCCCACCCACAGUUGCUCAUGCAGAAGUAGAACAAGGCCCCUCUCCAUCCAGGGAGCCGAGGGCAGAGCACAGGCCUGAAGACCCAGGAACGGACUCCGGGGAGGCUGGGCUGCCCCCAGCCCCAGGGGACCACACGGCCAGUGAGCCUUCAGCCAACCCUGACUACGUCUUCCACGUCAUCUUCCUGGGAGACUCGAACGUGGGCAAAACCUCCUUCCUGUACCUACUGCACCAAAACUCCUUCGCCACUGGGCUGACGGCCACCGUGGGAGUGGAUUUUCGGGUCAAAACCCUGCUGGUGGACAACGAGUGCUUUGCACUGCAGCUCUGGGACACGGCUGGCCAGGAGAGGUACCACAGCAUGACGCGGCAGCUGCUCCGCAAGGCCGACGGAGUGGUGCUCAUGUACGACGUGACCUCCCAGGAGAGCUUUGCCCACGUGCGCUACUGGCUGGACUGUCUCCAGGAGGCGGGGCCGGACGACGUGGUCAUCCUUCUCCUGGGAAACAAGACGGACUGCGAGGAGGAGCGGCAGGUGCCCACGGAGGCUGGGCAGCAACUGGCCCAGGAGCUGGGGGUCUCCUUCGGAGAGUGCAGUGCUGCCUGGGGUCACAACAUCCUGGAGCCCAUGGUGACCCUGGCCCGGUCACUCAAGAUGCAGGAAGAGCGCCUGAAGAGCUCGCUGGUGGAGGUGGCCCCGGAGAGGCCACGGAAGAGAGCCGUCUGCUGCUUCUGACCCCCUGGCCCGGCCGGGUAGGACGGCCAGCCCCCGGGCUUCCUGCUCCUCAGCGCCUGUCCCACUGCC